AUGUCUGGAUCAGUUAGGAGAAUCGCCAAAACCGAAGGUCUUUUGGGAUUCUACAGGGGAAAUGGAGCAAGUGUGGCAAGGAUUAUUCCUUAUGUAGAUCUUCAAUAUAUGUCCUAUGAGGAAUACCGAAGAUUGUUCGUGCAAGCCUUUCCUAAUGUUUGGAAAGGUCCUACCCUUGACCUUAUGGAAGGGUCACUCUCUGGAGGGACGGCUGUGCUUUUUACUUAUCCGCUUGACUUAAUUCGGAAUAAGUUAGCUUAUCAGCAGCAGUAUUGUAUUUCACUGCUGUGUUGUUAUUGUAGAACUCUUAUGUUAAUCAUGGCCACAGCUCCGACACUCUUCGGAAUAUUCCCAUACGCCGGUUUGAAAUUCUACUUCUAUGAGGAAAUGAAGCGCCACGUCCCUGAGGAUUACAAGAAAAGCAUCAUGGCGAAACUGACAUGUGGAUCCGUGGCCGGUUUAUUGGGUCAGACAUUCACAUAUUUUCUUGAAGUUGUCAGGAGGCAAAUGCAGGUUCAAAACCUUACGGCAUCUGAAGAAGCCGAGUUGAAAGGGACUAUGAGAUCCAUGGUUUUGAUUGCUCAAAAGCAAGGCUGGAAGACCCUGUUUUCAGGGCUGAGUAUCAAUUACAUAAAGGUUGUUCCAUCUGCGGCCAUUGGCUUCACAGUUUAUGAUACUAUGAAAUCAUACUUGAGAGUACCAUCAAGAGAUGAAGUGGACUAA